AUGGCCUGUAUUCAGUGCUGCGCAUCGUUAAGUACGACAUCCAAUAGCCGCUGGGUCAGUAAUACGAGCAUCCAAGAUAUCUUUGGCGGCCCCCGCUACCUUCAAAAGACUGUUUGGCACAAAAUUCGCUGUCCUGCGUUUCGCCCCGGUGAAAGUUUAGACGGUGUCAUUUGGUACCAGGGAUCCAGCGUAGACGACCCAUCAAAAGCUCGUCUGAUCAGCCGAGACCUGCGGGGAGGAAUCAACAAAGACACACCUGCCGAGGAGAGAUACUCGAUGCCGUCCUCUCACAGCCUUGUCAUUAAAGGUGUCGAAGACAGGGACGAAGGGAGGUUCCUGUGCCAAGUCAUCCCUCAAACUACCGAAGCUAGAGACGCGGGAGUAGAUGUCCAAGUUAUAGACGAUACCUUUCCAGGAGGUAGUAGUCAGGUAUCUUCCUCUGCUAGUUUACAGCGAGGACGCAGACAUACGCUACCGUGUGAGUGCGCGUCACAGACACCAGACGUAGUGUAUUGGUCAACGGGAGAGGGCGUCACUACAUAUACACAGAUCAUUGGUGCACGUUUCUCUGAUGGUACUACCCUGCAUAUUCAACAUGGCGCCGAUUACAGCAUUGGUAGCGACGCUUCACUUACAGUCAACUCCCUGAAUGACGUACAAGAUACACAGAGAUUCUGGUGUCAUGUGUUCAAGUCGGAUGGUACACUCAGAAAUUGCAACACCAAUGUCAAAAUAACAGAUCGACAACAACCCAAUAAAGCCCUCAAAGCUUCAUCGACAUCAUUUUAUGUUCUUGAGGGUGAAGAGCAGACACUCCCAUGCUGGAACUGGACGCCCGGUGGCACAACUUGUGAGGUGCAGUGGUUCAAGAUCGACAGCUCAGCUCGACACGUUUUACUGUCAAGCAACCUCGUGGAAGCUGAUUCCGAGUCCGAACUUGCUAGUGAUUUCGGCCUGAUCAUCAAAUCUGCUGGUGGCGAAGAUUCUGGAAGAUACCAAUGUGAUACAGGCGAAGGAAGCGGUGGUGGUUAUAUUCGUGUUAGAGUAAUAGGACGGAAAUUCCCGUUAGACGGCGGAGAUGUGUCUUCAAGCUCGAAAAUCUACUUUAAAGCUGGGACAAAUUACACACUUCCGUGCCAAGCUGCAUCGGAUUCGGCCGAGAUCGGAAGUCCUGCAACUGUGUUCUGGUCUUUUGCCAAGCUUGGCAAUGCAACGACCACCGUGAUCGGGAGGUUGCACAUACCAGGUGGCUCCAAAAAGAUGUCUGAUCCUAGAGACAACAACUGUUUCUCCAUAUCUCCGGAGGGCGCACUUUUCCUGAACGGGUGCCUUGAAGAAGAGGACGUCAGGUACUGGUGUCACGUCUUCCCUGAGAAUGAAUUGCUGAUUAAAUCGUACGUGGAUUUAGUAGUCAAAAGUGAGUACGUCCAUAGAACUUGCCUCGACUCCAUGCGAUUGCUACUUCCUCGCAACGUGUUUGAAACUUGUUGA